AUGCGACCCUCUCGGAAUCAUCCAGCACCUAACCACCUUAAACCACCCUUCAUCCCUAUCAAUCUUCAACCACCAGUCACCCCUACCAAUCUUCACCUCAAUGAUACUAAGGCAUCAUCCUCUCACUUGCUUUCAACCAAAAAGAGUUACAAGAAAAUUUACAAGCCAAAGCCCACUGCCAAGAUCAAUGCUAUUCCAACGGUCACUCCAUGUUCUAUACCCCUGCAGAUUGAAGUCUAUGAACCCCCAUUUCCACCUUCACAUAAGAGCCAACAUUCAGAUCAUUAUCCUCCACCAUCUUCCAAACCUAUCAGGCCAAAUCCCCCCCUGCAUAAUAAACAAACCAUGUCAUCUUCUUCCAAGCAAGCAACCCUAUAUAGGCACUCUCAUGCACAGCACACUAAGCCCCCCUUAUCACACCCAGCUACAUUUCCAAACUCCAUACAGUUACAUCACAAUAAUCAACAAACCAAUCUACCCUCCAACCCACAAACUAGCUUUAUCCCAAAAAACACCGGCAUCAUCCCAAGGUCAUCAAAACCAUCAUUACAUAACACUGAACCCACUAAACCUCCAACACAUACUUUCCCCCCUAAAAAUUUCAACCCAUUGCUCUACGACUCACCUGGUCACCAGAUUGAAAGGCUCCAAGAGCAACUUCAAUGGUCUGAAGAAAAUUUGGGUAAAUCAAUGGACAUGCAUUAUGAGUAA